AUGACUGUUACCAUCAAAGAACUGACUAACCACAACUACAUCGACCACGAAUUAUCGGCCACGCUGGACUCGACGGACGCGUUCGAAGGGCCUGAGAAGCUGCUGGAAAUCUGGUUCUACCCGCACAAGAACGCCAUCACCACCGCCAAGACGCUGAGAGAUGUUGCCAUGGACAAAUGGAUCGAGAUCCUGAAGCUGGUCAAGUGCGAGGUUCUGUCCAUGAAGAAGACACAGGAGCUAGACGCGUUCCUGCUGAGCGAGUCCUCGCUGUUCGUCUUCGACCACAAGUUGACACUGAAGACGUGCGGCACCACCACCACACUGUUCUGUCUCGCCAAGCUUUUCGACACCAUUGAGCAGGAGUUGUCGUGGAAAUUUCAAACCACCCCGGACGGCAAGUACGCGCCAUUCAAAGUGUUCUACUCAAGACGAUGUUUCCUUUUCCCCUGCAAACAAGCUGCCAUCCACCAAAACUGGGCGGACGAGGUGGAUUAUCUCAACCAGUUCUUCGACCAUGGAAAGAGCUAUUCCGUGGGCAGAAACGACAAGAGCAACCACUGGAACCUGUACGUCACCGAGACGGACCCCAGCAUGCCCCAGGGCAGGGAGUACACGGAAGACGACGACGAGACCUUCGAAGUGCUCAUGACCGAGCUAGACCCGCACUGUGCCAACAUGUUUGUGUGCGGCCCGGACACAUCCACGCCUGCCCCCACAGAAGCGAACGAGGACAAGGGCCACAACUUGGGCUACCAGAUGACCAAGAAGACCAAGCUCGACGACAUCUACCUGAACUCCUMCCAGGAUUCAGACGCAUCGUUCCACCAUGACGCGUUUGCAUUCACGCCAUGCGGGUACUCGUCCAACAUGGUCCUUGCAGAAAAAUACUACUACACCUUGCAUGUGACCCCGGAGAAGGGCUGGUCCUACGCCUCCUUCGAGAGUAACAUCCCGGUCUUCGACAUCUCCCAAGGGAAGCAAGACAACCUGAACGUCCUCUUGCACAUUCUGUCCGUUUUCCAGCCAAGAGAAUUCUCGAUGACUUUCUUCACCAAGAACGCCUCGAGCCCGUCUUUCCAAAAGAUACUACGCAUCAACGAAUCGCUGCCCGAAUACACCAAGCUGGACAAGAUCGUUUACGAUCUGGACGACUAUCAUCUCUUCUACAUGAAACUUCAAAAGAAAAUAUGA